AUGGAGUGCGUAUUCGGUCUCGUCGGGAAUGGAUUCGCCAUCGUGGCGGCGGAUUCGUCGGCAGUUCACAGUAUCCUUCUUCACAAAAACAACGAGGACAAGAUCAUGGCCCUUGACUCCCACAAGCUCAUCGCCGCUAGCGGCGAGCCUGGUGACCGGGUUCAGUUUACGGAGUAUGUUCAGAAGAAUGUGUCACUGUAUCAGUUCCGAAAUGGGCUUCCUUUGACAACAGCUGCUGCUGCGAACUUCACUCGUGGAGAGCUCGCCACUGCUUUGAGAAAGAACCCAUACUCUGUGAACAUCCUGAUGGCUGGCUACGACAAAGAAGCAGGCGCAUCUCUAUACUACAUCGACUACAUUGCAACUCUUCACAAGGUUGAUAAGGGAGCAUUCGGCUACGGCUCAUACUUCUCACUCUCCACGAUGGACAGGCACUACCGCAGCGACAUGACUGUUGAGGAAGCCAUUGAAUUGGUCGACCAAUGCAUACUUGAGAUCAGGUCAAGGCUCGUCAUUGCGCCACCAAACUUUGUUAUCAAGAUCGUCGACAAGGAUGGAGCUCGUGAGUACGCUUGGCGUAUGACUGUACAAGACGUCACCACUGCUGCUGUCUGA